AUGGCAGCAAGUGUGUUUUUCCUGAAAAGAGCGCUUUGUGUAGGGGCUGCCUCCAGGCCAGGUCUUAUCUGGUUCAGCGGGGAGGAUGUGAAUUCUUUCCAGGACACUCAAUCUGAUUUGGAGGUGAUCUUGGAGUUCCUGGAGGAUUACUACAGACAAAACACUGGAGAAAAUGGGGACAAGGUGUACUGCGCUGCGGGUGUGGAUGAGAGGAGUGCACCUGUGGAUGGAGCCUCAUGUGAGCAGUGCUGGACCUGCUGUGAGCCACCUGUCAUCAGGCCCGUACCUCAGCCCUUCCUGGUACACGACGCCCCCCCAGUCCUCAGCGACAAAACAAAAGCAACAUUAUCUGAGAAUGGGUCACUGCCAGACUUUGUAUCAACAAGACAAUCAACCAAACACCAGGCCACAGCAACGGGGAGUGGUAGAAAGGUGCGACUCUUUCACUUUCUCUUUGAGAUGCUGGAGGAUCCAAACAUGGCCCACUGUGUGUCCUGGGUGCCAGCAGACGCUGGCGUUUUCCGUUUUUCCUCCAGGAACAAGGACCAGGUGGCGGCACUCUGGGGGAAGAGAAAGGGCAACAAGAGGCCCAUGACUUACCAGAAGAUGUCCCGGGCCCUCAGGAACUACGCCAGGUCCGGAGAAAUCUUCAAGGUGAAGAAGAAGCUCACCUACCAGUUCAGCCGAGACACCCUGAUGUUACUGCAGAAGUGUCACCGAGGAGAUGUUAAUGUAAACUAA